AUGAAUAGCUGGCAAUUGUUAUUUUUCUUCGUAGCCUGUUGCACUACUGGAGUCUUUUUUGGACAAAUCAAUGCUCAAAGUAGUGUGUGUCCAGUACAAUGUGUGAAUCCACUUGGUGGAAACGAAUGCAUUGCAAAAAUGUCGAUGUGUGACGGAGCUCGGGAUUGCCUGGAUGGAAGCGAUGAAGAUUCAGAUUAUUGCGGUGUCAGUUGCAGUCCGAAUGAAAUUCGUUGCAGAAAUUCGACGAACGGCCGAUUAUGCCUACCUAAAGCAACGAUGUGUAACGGGGUUCAGGAUUGUGGCGAUGGAAGUGACGAAGAUCUGAGCUAUUGCACAAGAGGUUGUAAUUCGCUUCAAAUCCGAUGUUUAAAUCCUACUGGUGGUCUAAUAUGCGUAGCUAAAACCGCAAUGUGCGAUAAUGUUCGGAAUUGUGCUGAUGGAAGUGAUGAAGAUCCAAAGUAUUGUGCUCCUAGUUGUAAGGUGGGUGAAGUCAAAUGUUUGAAUCCAGGAAAUGGUCGACAAUGUGUACCGAGAUCAUUUCUGUGUGACAGAACCAAGGACUGCGCCGACGGAAGUGACGAAGACCCAAAAUUUUGCGUUGGCAAUUGUACUGUGAACGAAAUUAGAUGUGUGUAUCCGGGCAAUGGACCAUUAUGCGUAGCAAAGACAGCCGUAUGCAACGGCAUUCGCGAAUGUACUGAUGGAAGCGACGAAGAUCAAAAGUAUUGCGUUAAGACGUGUCCUGUAAAUGAAAUACUAUGCGUGACGAGGAGCACUGGACGAACGUGCUUUAAUAAAGCAUGGAUGUGCAGCGGCGCUCGGGAAUGUACUGAUGGGAGCGAUGAAAAUCCAAACUACUGUGCUGCUGGUUGUCCGCUAGGUGAAGUACAUUGUGUGAAUCCGAAUGGUGGACGAGCAUGUGUGCCUAAGACAUCGAUGUGCAACGGCGUUCAGGAUUGUCUCGAUGGAAGUGAUGAAGAUUCGAGCUAUUGCCCGAUAGAAUGCACAGCGGAACAAAUAAGAUGUGCGAAUUCUACUGGUGGUGUAGCAUGUGUCUCUAAAUCAUCCCUAUGCAAUGGUGUUCGAGAUUGCGCCGAUGGAAGCGACGAAGAUCCAAAGUACUGCGUUACUAGUUGUAGUGCGGGAGAUAUCCGAUGUGUGAAUCCCACCAAUGGAGUAUUGUGCGUUUCAAGAUUAUCGAUGUGUGACGGAACUCGGGAUUGUAGUGAUGGAACCGAUGAAGAUGUACGAUAUUGUGCUACGGCUUGUACUUCUGCUGAAGUUCGCUGCGUGAAUACAAGUGCUGGUGGUCGAACGUGUGUACCAAAGACAUCGUUGUGCAAUGGAUUAAGGGAAUGUGUUGAUGGGAGUGAUGAAGAUCCAAAUUAUUGCCUUACCUGCACUACGACUGACGUCCGAUGUGUCAAUCCAGAAGGUGGAAAAACCUGUGUUGCAAGGUCACUGAUGUGUAAUGGUGUUCGAGAUUGUGCUGAUGGAAGUGAUGAAAAUCCGACGUAUUGUGCUUCACUUUGUAAUUCGAAUGAAAUCCAAUGCGUGAAUCCAGGCAAUGGUUCAGUUUGUAUACCCAAUUCAUUUAUGUGCAAUGGAGUUAGAGACUGCAUGGAUGGAAGCGAUGAAAGUCCAAGCUAUUGCAGAUUUUCCGCAACAACCACCAUGUCUACAACCUAUUUCCCAUUGACGACGAUGACGACAUUUCCAGCAUGUUCAUGCAUGAAUUCGGGCGUUUGUAAUUGGAAUCAGCUUUCGAACACGUAUACAUGCACUUGCACUAAUUAUGUCUAUGGUAGCCAAUGCGAAAAUCUAAACCAGUGCUUUACAAGUACACCUUGUCAGAAUGGUGCUACAUGUGUACCCGGUCCAGACAAUACAUUCACCUGUCAAUGUCCGAAUUCGUACAGUGGAAGAUUUUGCGAGCAGAGUAUACUCUCGGGAGAUAUUUGUGCGUCAAGACCAUGCAGUAAUAAUGGAACCUGCUUGAGUUUUAACAAUAAUCAGCAAUACUUUUGCCAGUGCCCUACCGGAUUUUCCGGACCAACAUGCAGCAUAGGUACAGUCAAUAAUGUGUGCGUGAGUAUUCCUGGUAUUUGCCAGAAUGGCGGAACAUGCGUGUCACACUCACCAACAUCCAUCAGUUGUCUCUGUACUCCACAAUACACAGGGACAAGAUGCGAGACGCUUAUUACUGCGACUACAUGCCAGUCCAAUCCAUCGAUGUGUUUAAAUGGCGGCUAUUGUACCCUAGCCGGCAAUACAUACCAGUGUGCGUGUCCUUAUGGCUUUACCGGACAAUAUUGCCAAAUCUCAACGGCACCAACCAAUGCACAAUGCAAUCCGAAUCCGUGUACCAACUCGGGUGAAUGUAGUAUAGUUGGUUCUGGUUUUCGAUGUAACUGUCCUCCAGGUUACAGUGGAACAUUAUGUGAAACCAAUAUUCGACCACCUACCUGCACCCUCAAUUGUUCACCGGGCUACUGCGUUUCCAAUCCAUCAGCAAAUUCACAAUAUGCUUGCUAUUGUCCUAACGGCACCAUCCAAUUAAAAUCUUGUUGA